AUGUCCCUCCCACAAAUCCAGAAAGCCUGGCGUGCGACCGCCAAAGGCGAACCGUCCAAGGUCUUGCGCCUCGACGACAAUGUGCCUGUACCCAAGUUAAAUCGCGGAGAGGUUCUCAUUAAAGUGCAAGCUGCAGCUCUGAAUCCGGUGGCUUACAAGGUUAUCAUGAAGCUGAUCCCUAAUUUCAUAUUAAAGAAACCGUACAUUCCGGAGCACGACCUCGCGGGCAUUGUCGUCGAUGCCAACGACACAGAGUUCCAGGACGGGGACGAAGUGUUUGGUUUCAUCCCAGUCUCGGCUGCUGUCAAAGAGCGCAAGGGGGCCCUCGCUCAGUAUGCCUCCAUCUCAGCUUCCCAUAUUGUGCGUCGGCCUGUGAAUGUCACGCCGACGCAGGCUGCUGGCAUCCCCCUCGCGGCCAUGACCGCCUACCAAGCCCUCUUCGAUGUCGCACACCUCAAGCCCGAGCAGCACGUCUUCAUCAACGGCGGGAGCACCGCCGUUGGUGGGUUCGCUAUUCAAAUUGCGAAGUCGAUCGGCUGCAAGGUUGUCGCGAGCGCCUCGGGAAAGAAUGAAAGCUAUGUUCGUUCACUCGGCGCUGACGAGUUCGUCGACUACACAACGGGCCCUCUACAUGCGACGCUUGCUGCAAAUCCUCCGUCGCAGAAGUACCAUGUCUUUUUAGAGACGGUGGGCCUGCUCGAGACCUCCUUGUACACUUCCAGUGAGGCGUAUCUCGCGCCUGGGGGAAUAUUCGUGUCCACCGGCCCUCAGCCAAAGGGCUUCGACAUAGCUGGACUCAGCAGGCUCGCGUGGAAGAUAUUCCUGCAGCCCCGCUGGCUAGGUGGGACCAAGCGGACUUGGAAGUUGAUACAAGUCGACAACAAACACGAGGAUCUUGUGAAGGUGGCUGAGCAAGUCGCUGAUGGCAAAAUCAAGCCGCUCGUGGACUCGGUAUAUAACUUCGACGAUGCCCUGAAGGCCUACGAACGCAUUAUGACUGGCCGCGCAACAGGGAAGGUAGUUGUCAAGGUGGACUUAGAGACAGAAUGA